AUGGACCGGACCAGAGGUAUCGGCAAGAAUGGCACUCUACCAUGGCAUUUACCACAAGAUUUUAAACAGUUUGUACGCUUAACAACGGAAACGACCGACCAAAACAAAAGAAACGCCGUGAUUAUGGGAAGAAAGUGCUGGGAAAGCAUUCCAAACAAGUUCAGACCGCUGAAGAAUCGGCUGAACGUUGUCUUGAGCACUAGUAUUGCUCCUAGUGUAAGUUUGAGAAAGUUGGAAUUUUGAAUUUUGUUUAAAUUUGUUAAAUUUGAACGGAAAGAAGACAUUUUGCAAGCCUUUGUUAUAGUUCGCACUGUGCGAUUAGUCAAAGAGAUACAUAAAGAGAAAUGACGGCGUUUUCGAACCGUGCUUCCGUGGCGCAAUCGGUUAGCGCGUUCGGCUGUUAACCGAAAGGUUGGUGGUUCGAGUCCACCCGGGAGCGAGUACUUUUUGCGACAUUGUAAAUUGAUUUUUACUGUUUUUAUUGGAUCGAAAAAUUUAUUUUUGCGACUUUAAGAAUGUUAUGGUACUAGACUUUUGUAAAAGCCUCACAAAAGUAGUGAAAAACGUUUAAAAAUUGGCAAAAUGUAAGACUUUUAGUCUACAAUAACAUUUUUCAAUCAAAAAUUAAUGAAACAAAUAAUUUAGCAAACCGAUGACGUUGUGUUUUGCAAAUCUUUGGAAGACGCUCUACAAAUCCUCGAAUCUAACGACAAAAUCGAGACCAUUUGGAACAUUGGUGGACGACAAUUGUACCAACUGGGUCUGACAACUCCAAAUAUCCAUAAGAUCUACUUGACUGAAAUUCAAAAUGACUUUGAAACUGAUGUGGAUUUUCCCGACUUUGACAAGGACAAAUUUCAAGUCGAGUCGGUUGGAGAAAAGGUGGAGGAUAAGGGCCAGGAAUGGAAACUGAUCGUCUACAAGAACAAGGACACCUUGUUUUAG